ACUAGGCCAGUCUGGACAGCCAGUGUUUGUUUUAGAGCGGGGUGUGUUUCAAGCCAUUUGCUGCAGUGUCGACUCACUGUCUACUUCCAGCAGGAUCCGGAGUAACGCAGUCUCUGUGCCCUGAAGAGCUCACCAGGGAGGCCGUGGCUGGUCUUCUGCAGCUGAUCGUUCGCCAGAUUCCAGAGAAAUGGCUCAGAGGCAGCUGGAAAUCCCAUAGCCUGCUCUGUAAGACACACAGGGAUUGGAUUAGAGCAUCCUUGAACACAGCGAAUCCCAGACAGCGGGAGCCCAGGCUAAUCUUUGCUCUGAAAACCAGCCCUGUCUUUGUGUGUGAGCCCUGACUCCUGAGCUACACUUUCACUAGCAAGUGAAUUGGCACGAGCUGGCUCAGGGGACUGGUGAGGAGAUAUUGAUUGGUUCAUCCCUAGGUCAGUGCUUCAAAGCAGCCUCUGGGCGAUAUCCAAGCAGAGAUUUUUACAUCAAACUCCCCUUGAUUUCAAUCGGCACUACCAUGCAGGACAAUGCUAUGGCAAUUCGCAUCUGAUGGCUGUUGGAUGGCCUGUGUGAAAUGAGUUUGGUGGGUCUCAGACUAGUUUCUGGCAUCACAAAUGGCAUCUCCUCUCUUAGAGAGAGCAGGUGGGUGAGGUAAUGUCUUUUAUUGGACUAAUUUCUGUUGGGAGAGAGGCAAGCUUUCGAGCUGCACCAAGCUCUUCUUCAGGUCUGGGAAAGGUACUCCGUGCCACAGCUAAAUACAAGGUGGAACAGAUAGUUUAGCGUAAGGAGUUAACACAUAUUUCAAGUGUCUGUUUGGUGUCUGCUUUCUCACCCUGCUGCCCAGAACAGGAAACAAUCGAGGUCUUUGCAUUGCUACUGGGUGUUGAAACCCCUCGGACAGGAGUCUCAGAGUUGCUGUAGUGUGCUCCACAGAGAGCGGCGUGUGUGUUUAGAGAAAGGGCAGCAGAGGAAGUGGGCUCAUCCAUAUGCCCACAGGGGGUAAACAAACACAUGGCUGAGGCACAAGACCCAGAGGCAAAGGUGGAAUGAGUUCCUCAGGGCUCAGCCUGCCAGUGCUAUGGGCAGCAAUAGAUUCCUGGCAAUGGCAGAAAGGCUUUAUCAGGGCUCUUUACCUUGGCACAGGCUCCCUGUGUUUACUGUAACACCCAUAGCUGGGAGCGAGAUUUGGACAACGGGAGUAAACAUCCCAAUCGCCUCAGUAUCUGCCUCAGGAAUCUGGAAAGCAGGAGCACAGCCUGGGCCGGAAAGAGCAAGCUCCCGCCCUCGCUCUGCACCGAUUAUGCCCAAGAAGGGCCCUACUCACUGUGCAGUUCCCUGAGUUCCCAGCCCCUUCUCCCCAGACCCCUGGUCAGUCUGAAUAACCAACCCGGCACCUCCCCUUCCCCACAAAUGCACAUGCGAUGUAGUUCCAAACUAGGCACAGGCAGAGAGCAGCCAUGUCUGUUUUUCCCGGGGUCAGCUGCUAAUUAAACAAUCAUUUCCUGCUAUUGUCCUGCAUUCUUAUUCCCUUUCCUUCCAUAAAUCAAGCCCCUGCUGCAGGCUAUUCCAGACUGGAUCACAGAGCAAGGAAUCAGGCCUGCCCAGAUGGAAACACUACAUGUUGCCCACAUCUGAAUUAUGCCAAGGGUCACUUUCUGCUCUUUCCUGGGAGCUGGAUCAGUCUAGCUGAGUGCACCCGCCAGCCCUAAGUGGGAGGAAUGCUAUGCACCCACAUGAUGCAGCUGUUGCAGAGCGAUGCCUGGACCCUAGGAGUGGUGAAUGUAACAAUCGCGAAAGGUGACAGCUUGACAAUCCUGGAGACUGAAGUGAUUUAUCGCUAGAACAGGUUGUCUUACUCCUGCACCCCUCCUGUGUUGCUGCAAUGACUGGAAAGUCCCUGCUCUUAAAAGUCAUUCUCCUGGGGGACGGUGGAGUUGGGAAAAGUUCCCUCAUGAACCGUUACGUCACCAACAAGUUUGACUCGCAGGCUUUCCACACCAUAGGGGUAGAGUUCUUAAACCGCGAUUUGGAAGUGGAUGGACGUUUUGUGACCCUCCAGAUUUGGGACACAGCAGGGCAGGAGCGUUUCAAGAGCCUGCGAACCCCCUUUUACAGAGGAGCAGACUGUUGCCUGCUGACCUUUAGUGUAGAUGACCGCCAGAGCUUCGAGAACUUGGGCAACUGGCAGAAGGAGUUUGUCUAUUAUGCAGAUGUGAAGGACCCUGGCCACUUCCCAUUUGUGGUCCUGGGCAACAAGAUAGACAAACUUGAGAGGCAGGUGACCACAGAAGAGGCCCAAGCAUGGUGUUUAGAAAAUGGGAAUUACCCUUACCUGGAAACCAGUGCCAAGGAUGACACCAAUGUGGCAGUGGCCUUUGAGGAAGCUGUGCGGCAGGUGCUGGCUGUGGAGGAGCAGCUGGAGCAUUGCAUGUUGGGGAACACUAUUGACCUGCACAGCAGUUCCAAAUCAGGAUCUUCAUGUUGUUAGGAGUCACCUGGGGAUUGUACCCAGGACUGAUUGUUUAAACAGAACACAUGCAAAUGGCUCUUGGGCAUGCUGAGGUAUGCAGACAGAAAGGACAAUGGGUGAGGUCACUGGCUGUAGGAGUCGCAGCCUUUCUGGCUGAAUUACAGUUGGAGUCUGGGUGUGAAGAAAAGGAUUUAGGGGAGAGAUCUAGUUAGGUGCAUUUGGAAGUCAUUCUCCCCCCUCCCUUCCUUCUUGCUAACAGAUCUAAGGAUAGGGUUAAUCUGAGAGGGUUGCAAAUUAUGGUCUGUGCCAAGAUUUAGCCACAAAAUGAGACUUGCAGAGUGCUAGACAUUCCCCACAUUAUUUUAUUAAUGAACUGAAAAGUACUAAACCCAUUAACCUCUACUGCACCUCAGGACUGUACAUUGCCAAAGUAAGAUUUGAUCAGUUUGCUGCAAAUAAUAAAACCAAAUGGGAAGAUUUCAACCUUUAAUUGGCAUGAGGGUGCCAAGUACAGAAAUGACUGACAUAGUUCUGUUGCUUAGGUUAAUCCCCUGGCAUCCUGCCCUGCCCUAGUCUGUCUGACCCUCUCAAAAGAAACUUGCUGUGUGGUAGAAUGAUGCUAUGAGUGCAUCACACUGGAAAGUAACAAUAUUCCAAUAAUUUGAAGAACAGGGUAUGAGGGAGUGGAGUAUGUUUGAAUGUUGCAGCCUUAAUUCUAGACAGCUGCCUGCCAUGGUCAGUUUUCUUCCCAUAUGUAACUUUGCUCCAUAUGGAUGUUACUUUCCUAGUGUGACUAGCCUCCUCCUAGUUUGUGUGUGCCCUUGUUUUUUUCCUGAGGCUCAACACUAGAUGGAGUUCCUCACCUUUUGGGUGACACUGGGCAAAUCCUACCUCACUCAUAGUCUCAAUGUCUUACCUGUGAGGAAGGCUUUAGAAUGAAUGUGGAGGACAGUAGACUCUGUGUGAAUCUUUCGUGGGUCUCUGUGCCAUGUAAUUACCAACAGAUCAUGGCCCCAGCCACAGGCUCCUACACUGUCGAUGGACUGAGUGACAACUCCUAGAAGUGCAGAUGACUGGGCCUGUAAAACCACCCUUUCGUAGGUGCGCUAGUGUAGCGGCCCUGGUUCUGGCUGUGCUUUGUUAGCCCAAGGGUCACUGUCUUAAGCCACUUCAACUCAUCUCCUUUAAUCUGGAUGCUGCAGCUCUGAAUCAAUUAAAUCUGCUCUCUGCAGGAUCUAAGAGCAGCCAGGAUACUGGGAGUUAAUUGCUGGUGAGGAGUACAGACCUAACAGGUGUCUCAUUGCACUGUCCUGUUUUCUCCAAAAGGGUGAGGAGUUCAGUGAAUUCUGCAUUUACUGCAGUCUUAGUGAUCUGGUUGAUAGAUUUGAGUGGUAGGGAAGCCAUUUCAGCUAAUUGAAUCUUCCUUACCCGGAUGACUGGCUCCAAUCAGUGGGGAGGAGCUCUGGGCAGCCUCAAAAUGGCUGAAAAUCAAAAUUUUGCAGAGAAAACAUAUUACAAAUAAACCCCGGGGCUUUGCUAACCCAGGGCCUGUAUGUGGCUACCAGUCUCAAGCUAUCCAUCUGUAGCAUUGGGAUCAGUGCUUGCUUGCUACUAUGUAUUCUGCAGAUUUAUUCUCUGUUUAUUCAAGAUUCUGUUCUGAUGACUCUUGUCUGUAACUGUAGAGAGACCUGUGUCGGAGAGAGCUCCCCUGUAGUCAUCUCAAUGGUGAGGAGCGCAGCCAUCAUAGGCGCAGCUGAUCCCAGGUUCCCCUGUGUGAGCCUUGAUGGUAAGUCUCACAGCUCAAAUACAGCAGCUUUGUUAACUUUGUCUGCUGGACAAUGGAAGUUAGUCUCAGUUGCUUCUAGGCUCCUGCUCUGCAGGGGGAGUGUGUACUUUGCAUUAACACAAGAUAAGUCCCCUCUCUUUGCAGGGCAAUAAUGUGGAAGUGAUGAUAGCUGCAAAGGUACUAUAAGGGUGGGGCCUAAUUUUAGUGAUGUUGGGCACCUGCAACUUCCAUCAACCUAAAUGGGGCAGUGCUUGAUCCUUUUGGAAAAUCAGACCCAUGGUGUUGACCAGGGUGCCCUGCAUCUCCCUAGUUACACUUUGCUUAUACUAUUUUUAUUUAGCAAUCUUGGAUUUCCACAGGCGCCCCCAGAGGUACUAAGGGCCUUGCCUUCAUUGUAAUGGUACUGGAUAAUUGCAGUGGAAAUUCUAUGAGCCAAACUCUGUCUCCUACAG